GAUAAGAGAUUUGAGGUUAUGGCAUACAUGGAGAUGGAAUGUAGUCAAAUUAUAAUUCAAUAUAAAAUUUAAAUUAUUACUUUGUGAUGACAGAUUUUUCUACAAAUCAUUUUUUACCGAAAGAACGGGUUGUUGUCUUUUGAAAACUUACCAGAUUACUGAGAAAUUGCAAAUAAUCCAACGAUAUGAUAAAUUUUCGGAUAUUAUACUAUAAGUAUUGUAAUAUAUGCGGAAACCCCCAUACGACUGAAGAUUGUUCAUUACUACAAAAUGUUGAAAUAAUUCCCGACACAGUUACUUUAUCAAGAGCAAGACUUACUCUGCCUGGUGGAUUAGAAAUCAUUGAUCUUGCUGAUGGUUCUACAAGUGUCAUUGCAAAGAACCAAUUCAAACGUGGAGCGCAGUUUGGACCAAUGAUUGCUAGAUUAACCACUGAAUUCGAUAUCACCGCCAGCUUCCCAUUGAAGAUGUUUUCUGAAGAUAUGGAAGGAAAUAAUGACUGUCAGUUCUUGGACACUAGUGAUGAGAAUUUGUGUAAUUGGAUGAGUCUUGUGCCCGCAGCAACCUGCUUAGAAGAACAAAAUCUUAUUUGUUUCCAGAUGAAGAAUGAGGUCUACUUUCUGUUGGUGAAAGAUGUAGAGCCAGGAGAGCAACUGCGUGUCUGGUAUGCACCACACUAUGGGACUCAGAUGUCCGCCAAACAGCUUGGUUCAUCCUUAUCCAAUCAGCAAGUUUUUCCCAUGGACAUUGAGGAUCCGAUAGUGAUAUCCACAGAUCCUUGCCCUAUCCCUGAAGAAAUUAAGAAGAGGAAAAAGAAACGGUCUGUUGCCAACCCACUGUCAAUCAAUAGCUCACCAGAAUUACGAGAAUUAUUGGCUAGUAAACUACCUUCAACAAUCCUUGGUGCAAAAGAUCCAAAAUCAGAAUGGGAAUGUUUGAAAUGCGGCUUCAAGAGUGAAUCAUUGCCAGAGUAUGCGAAACACUUGCUGAGUCAUCGUGAAGUCCUGGAGCCAUAUAAAUGCUGCGCUUGUCAAAACGUCUUAUCAAGUCGUCUGGCACUCAAAAGGCAUGCUUUAAGAUGCAAAAGUAAAUCGAAUGGUGGAACAGAAAAUGCGGAAACUGGAAGUGCUGGAAUAACGUCAUCAGUAGUUGAUGAGUUGGAUAAGACUGUUGUAGAGAGCAAUGCUGAUCAUAUAGAUGGAUAUGAUAAAGCACAAUUGAACCACUCAGAUAUGUCCAAUGUUCUGGAUAGUCUUACUGAUAGUACAUCAAUGAAAAAGCUGCUAUUAGCUGAUUCUUCUCGUUUGAUACCGUGUUCAGACAAAGAAUUGCCGUUCAACAAAGAAUAUGAUACUUUGCUUGACUCACUAACUGACUUCAGACCGAAUAGCUCAAAUAUGAUGAGUGAUCCUAACUACUCAUGUGAAAUUCCUUUGAAAAACAAACCAAAUACUGAAGAAUCAGCCGGUAUUUGUAAUGAGAGGCUGUCUGUUACUGCACAACACUCCAAGGAAAUGGUAGCUGAUAAUCCCCCAAUUCUUGGUUUAGGCGAUGAAAUAGUUUUCCAGGAUAUAAAGAGCUACACAGAUAUUGAAGUCGAUAAGAAUACAGGUUUUAACAAUAAAAUGAUAUUUGACAGUCACCACACUGAUCAACAGCUUCUACAAGACAAUGGUAUCACUCUUAAAACUUGUGAUAAACCUGAUAAAACUGAUGAAAGUGUCGACCCUAAUGACUUGGAUCUAGAUCUGCUUUGCGGAGGAACCUUAGAUGUCACCGAAGCUGAUAAAGAGCGCCUUGUUGACAAUCUCAUUAAAGACAGCGAGGAGCGAUUGAAUACCAGUGAAAACAUUUGUAUCAGCACUGGAAACAAUGAGAAUGCAGCAGUCACGUCAAGCAUAAACAGUGGCGAAAAUCCGUCGCAGUUCCAGAUAAAACUGGAAAACAAUCCAUUCGAAGAAAUAGAUUUGACGCUUGAGUUUGAUGGACCUGAUGAGCAAAUUAUAGCUGACAAGAAACUGGAAAAGCAGAUAAAUAAAUCGUACAGCUGCGAGAUUUGUAAUAAGAAAUUUAGUGAAGCUUCAUAUUUGUAUAGGCAUUUCAAAAGCCACACUGGUGAAUUUACGUGCGUUGUGUGCUUGAGGGUUUUCUCUCGCAAAGAAACACUAGAAAAUCACAUGUGUACAAGUGUGAGGGUCUUCCAGUGCAAGUUGUGUACUAUUGUGUUCAAGACUAAGCGUGAUUUGGCAAAACAUAAAAAACAGCACCACAAUGAACAAGCUUCCAAUAAUGAAGAAAGCUGGUCAAAGUUGAACUUUAGGAAAAAUUUGGAGAACCCAGCUCAGCUUCCUCCAAGCGGUGCUGAAACAAACAACUUGGAAACGCUGACCCGAAGAGAAUAUGUUUGUGAGCAAUGCGGUUCCACUUACAAGUCGCUGAGAGGUCUCACCUACCAUCGAUUGUCGCGACAUUCUGAGAGAAACUUCACUUGUUACAUAUGUGAUAAGAAAUUCCACCGUAAAAGUAUUCUAGAUGCCCAUGUAGACACUCAUCUCAAAUUGAAAAAGAGUUGCCCUAUUUGUAAAACAGUACUAUCUGGUAAGAAAGCACUGAGUAAUCAUAUUAGACGGCAGACUUGUGGAACACGAUACAAGUGCUUAGAUUGUGGCAAGGCUUUUCCCCAGAAGAGCUUUUUGUUGAUACAUAAGAGAACUGAGCACCCAGACAAUGAGAAGCCUGAUGAUCGCCAGCAGUCGGUACAGAAGUCAACAGGCACACAAUCUAAUGCUGACGAGCAACCCACUCUCAAAUCCAGUGACAACCAACAACUUCAAACGAAAAAUAAAUCAGGAAAUAGGCGGAAAAAGUCACGAAACAGAAAUGAGGAAUAUAUUUGCCGCUACUGCGACACUAUAUUGAAUAAUAGAAACUCAUUGGAAAGGCAUUUGAGAGUGAAGCAUCAGGAUUCCAGGGAAGAAUGGUCAACCACAGAAGUUUUGGAUUCAAUGCGUGUGGUAAUUGAAGAAGUGGCAACAACGCAUCCAGUAGCACCAUUUCCAGUAACAACAACGCAUCAAGCCAAUCAAGAGCCAAUACCAUCUGUCAAUACAGUAGAAAACAAUGUAGUUACAAUAGAUUUGGAUGCAGCAGCCAUACAACCGUCGACCUCAGAUACAGCAGAAAAUCUACCAAAUGCGACUGCCAAUCAGCUUUGCACAUUAGAUUAUGAAUUUACGUUGAAAACUGAUAAUACUAAUGAAGAACCCGAGGCUAUUGGUUAUCAGCAACUAACUCAGCCUUUGAAUGCAGCAGAACUUUUCCAACUUGAAGAUAACACACCCACUCUCAUACUGGAAGAUGGCACAGUCGUUCAGUCACAAAUUCCACUUGAUAAAGAGCUAUUCUAUUUAGUCCUCGCACCAGAACAUGAAACUAUUUUUUCAAUCGAAUGAAGAGAUUAAAAAAUGAUUAAAAAAGAUAA